CAUGUUGUACAUGUAUAUUGCACAAACGUUACAGAUCACAUUUGUGUAUAUAUAUAGUGCACACGCUGUGUUGUGCAGCAGCUGGUGUGAGGGAGGCAGGGCCAUGACAGGGGUUCAGUGAGUCCGCUCGGCUCCGGGUGGUGGUGCUGGUUGUGGCGGGGGGAAAAAAAAUCAGCAGUCGGAUCGCUCGCUGGCGGGGGGGCGGGAGGCAGGCGGCGUUGGUGUCUCUCGGUCUCUCCAGCGCCGCGUCUCCGGAGAGAUGUGAGCGCCGCUCGGGCUGGAGAAUUCCAUAGGAAUGCCAAAGGAAAAAUAUGAUCCAAAAGAUCUACAAAGAAUAUAUGCAAUCAUGUCAUUAGAAGAAGCAGCCAAUGGGAAGAAAACACACUGGGCAGAAUUAGAAAUCUCGGGUAAAGUGAGGAGCUUGAGUACUUCAUUGUGGUCUUUAACACACUUGACUGUACUGCACCUGAAGGACAAUAAUCUUGCACGCAUUCCACCUGAUAUUGCCAAGCUCCAUAAUCUAGCUUAUUUGGAUCUAUCCUCCAAUAAAUUGCGCAGUUUACCAGCUGAGCUUGGAAACAUGGUGUCACUCAGGGAAUUGCUUUUAAAUAACAAUCUGUUACGGGUUUUGCCUUACGAACUAGGAAGACUGUUCCAGUUACAGACCCUGGGUUUAAAAGGCAAUCCUUUGUCACAGGAUAUUUUGAAUCUCUAUCAGGAACCAGAUGGGACAAGAAAGCUACUGAACUACAUGCUUGACAAUUUAGCAGUUCAUCCAGAGCAGCUUCCUCAGAGACCAUGGAUCACUUUGAAGGAAAGAGACCAAGUGUUGCCGACAGCUUUGUUCACUAUCAUGUGUUAUAAUGUUCUGUGUGACAAGUACGCCACAAGGCAGCUCUAUGGCUACUGCCCUUCCUGGGCUUUGAACUGGGAGUACAGGAAAAAGGGAAUAAUGGAAGAAAUUGUAAACUGUGAUGCAGACAUUCUUAGUCUUCAGGAAGUAGAAACCGAGCAAUACUUUAACCUUUUUUUGCCGGAGUUGAAGCAACGUGGAUAUGACGGGUUCUUCUGUCCAAAAUCUCGUGCCAAAUUGAUGUCAGAGCAAGAAAGAAAGCAUGUUGAUGGAUGUGCAAUAUUCUUCAAAACUGAGAAAUUUGCAUUGGUGCAGAAACACACAGUGGAAUUCAACCAGUUAGCAAUGGCCAAUUCAGAAGGCUCUGAAGCUAUGUUAAAUCGGGUGAUGACAAAAGAUAAUAUUGGGGUCGCAGUGCUUUUAGAGGUCCACAAGGAUCUUUUUGGAGGUGUGAAGACACUUCACGGUACAGAAAAGCAGCUCAUUCUAGUGGCUAAUGCACACAUGCACUGGGACCCUGAGUAUUCUGAUGUGAAACUAAUCCAAACCAUGAUGAUUAUCUCUGAACUCAAAACCAUUCUAGAGAAGUCAGCUGCUUCUCUUAGGCCAAACUGCCCUUCUGCAGAUCCUAACUGCAUCCCAUUGGUGCUCUGCGCAGAUCUCAAUUCACUGCCAGAUUCAGGUGUUGUGGAAUACUUAAGCACUGGGGGUGUUGCACAGAAUCACAAAGACUUCAAGGAGCUGAGAUACAAUGAGUGUUUGAUGAACUUCAGUUGUAAUGGGAAGAAUGGAACUUCUGAUGGUAGAAUUACUCAUGAUUUCCAACUCAAGAGUGCUUAUGAAAACAACUUGAUGCCUUACACAAAUUACACUUUUGACUUUAAAGGUGUUAUCGACUACAUUUUUUAUUCCAAGACUCUGAUGAACGUAUUGGGUGUUCUUGGCCCUUUGGAUCCUCAGUGGCUUGUGGACAAUUCUAUCACUGGAUGUCCACAUCCUCAUAUCCCCUCUGACCACUUCUCACUGUUAAUACAGCUUGAACUUCAGCUUUCCUUGCCACCAUUGAUGAAUGGUGUACAUUUACCCAGCAGGAGGUAGUGGAUCCCUAUCCUGGAAACGCUGCCUACUUUUACGGACAUGUACAGUUGUAAAGUCAAAGUAUGAAGGAGUGAAGUAUGGCCUGUAAAAUCUUUAUUUGUUGUUUUUUUUAAACAAAAAAUGUAUGUAUUCUGUAUGUUUCAAGUAUAUUGUUUAUUUCACAAUUAACAUUUAAGGCUGGAACAAACAAACUUGAAAAGGUUUAUUACUCAGACCUUUGGAGACACUGGAGAUGACAUUCCUUGCAACUCUGAAUGCAUUGUAUUAUAAUACUGUGUGUCAAGUGUUUGGAUUUUACUGUUGGAUUAUGUACAUAAUCUGGCAUUGCAACAACGGAGUUACAUGCUUUACAAGAUGGUGCCAUUUACUACUUCUCCAAAGACCAACAAACAGAACAUCUUCAGAUGUUUGUUCUGAGCUUUACUCCUGCCCUUUUUAUUUAGAUCUGUUCAUCAAUCAUGACUGAAAUCAUAGUCAUUUCACAGGUUUGUGUGAGAACUUUUGAUGUAUGCCUUUCUAUUUGUUUAUUCUUGAUUUUCUUGCCUGUGUCAGUCAUACGUUUUUUCAUACUUCACUUAGUUCUUUGGUGCUUCUCUUUUCAACUUUUGAUGGCUGAUCAACAGUUCACCUUGCCUGUCUGGCUCCCUGUCACAAUUAAGUGGAAUCUUUCUUGGGCUGAUCCGGAGUCAAGAGACAAUUAAAACCAAAAGGUGGAGGUGCUGGCCAGGAGACUGGGUUGGUUCUGUGACUUGAGAUGACAUUAACCUAUUUUGCUCAGAAUGAGAUUCAUAACUGGUUUCAUGAAAGAGGAUACCUGUUGCUUAUUGAUCUGAAUAGAGAGAAAGAGAGACGUAGACAGAGGGUUCAAAUUUUCCAAACUGUUUGAGCGUGUAUUACAGCUAAUGAAAAUGAACUGUCGAAUUUUAAAUUUAUCCUAUUGCUUUAUAAAGCCUUUUUGUAAAAAGAAAAGAACUACCAUUUCGAUUGUUUGUCUUCCCAAUUGAACUGGUAAUAAUUUGCUCCUUUUUGGGGAGAAGGAUGCUCGUGGACAUAACUGUCAAUGGCUGCUUUGUCAUCAGCCAGUCAAAGGUACAAUUCAAUGUUGGUCUACUGGGCAAGAUCGCAUUUUCUACUCUACUAUGAAUUAAAUAUGCAGUGAACAGUGAUUUGAGGUGUAUCAUAAAUAAUUUAAGCAUGAAGUCAGGUAAAGCACCGAAAAGGUUACUGUACUAAAUAAGCACCAUCUGAUGGUCGUUAAUUCUCAUGUUGUACUCCAACAACCUACUGCACUUUAUAAAGAAAUUGGGUUUUCAUUGAUGCAGUAUAUAAUUUAUAAGUCUAAUGAACCCUCUCAACUAUAUCCUAACCCCAUUUAAAAUAAUUACUGCAUUUUAAGAACCCACUUUGAAAGUUUUUUGAAAUCUGCCAGACAGCAUAUCUUCUGAUGUGUAAAAUCUGAUUUUUUUUUAAGUUUAAUAUAUAAUGCUAGUAUUACAUCAAAUAAAGUUCAUAAGUCAACAAGGUCUAGUUUUAGAAUUUACCAAUAACCACCUUUUGAUAUCUGACUGGAUUCUUGACUUCAAGAUUGUUUAUUUGAAAUCUGAAGCUUUAAGUCAGCACUUUAAUUCUGCAACCUCACAACCUUUAAGGACAUGAAGUGCGGAGCAAUGAGAAUGAAAGAAACUGGAGGCACCAAUUAAAUUUCAAACUUUUUUGUUUUGAAAUCACUUCAGGUGUAAAAAUUUGAACUUUUUAGACACUUUUUUUAAAAUUCCAAGACUUCAUGUCCUUAAAAAUAUUUGAAGUCCUUGCUUGUUAAAACACUUCCUUCAUGCAUUUCUUUUAAUAACUACAAGCAAUAUUAACUUACCAUACUUCACUCCCAAUAUUUUGUCAGAUCAGUUUGUAUAAAAUGGAAUUUAAAAUUUACCUAUAAUGGUUGUAUAUGAACUACAAAGGAGCCCAAUAACUGGAUUUUUCGCUUUGUUUUUUAUAAUUGAAGAGGAAAACAGUUUUUGGGAAAGCUUACUGUUAAUAGCUGCAAAUUUUGUCUGCUUUCAAUAUAAAAAGGAUCAAGACACUGUUGCAAGAGGAUGUUCAUCAGGUUUUCUUUGCUUCUGUAAGCAUUUUUCCAGAGUUUCAACAACAGUGUACUUUAAAAAUAGCUAAGUGAGGGAAAGAACAUUUUAAGAAAAAUGAAAUGGAGAUGAUCGUAAGUUUGUUGUGUGUGUUUAUCUUAAUUGUUCAGGCAAAAAAAAUAAAGAAAGCACAGUCAGAUUCAUGUACGUUUCUGUUAUGUUUUGUCCCUCGUUUCAUAACAACGUGCCUCAUUCAAUUUGCUCAAGCAGCUGCACUGCCCAAGCAAGCAGAGAAAACCUGACAGGCCUUCUCCAGGCAACUUUUAAAAUUCUAUACAAUAAAUCUGUUAAGAUUUGUGAGAUUUUAUGUAAGAAAAAUCACAAAAAACAACUUAAAAACAGUUUUGUACAAGCUCUGUAAUGUGUUUAACUUCGGUGUAAGGAGUGUGGGACAUUGGAAACCGCGUCAUAAGUCAGAUAUGGCACAACGAUUUCUGAGACAAGCUUUAUUUCUGUCUCAUUCCCAGCACGGCUUGUCUUUUGUUUUUUUUUGUGUAAUGCAGGAGUGUACUACCUUUAGCGACAAAGCCUGCAAAUGCGUAAAGGUUUUUGUCACUUCUUGGGUAUUGUGCAUUUUGAUGUGGAGAGAUUCUUUUUCUUGUUCAGUACCCUUCACUCCCUUAUCAAAUGUACUUACUAGCUCUCAAUGGAUUGAAAAGCUACUGAAUUCCAGUCUUGCAAGGUUUCAUAUCACUCAGUACAUAUUGGAUAAUGUCAUUUAAAAUGGAGUACGGGUCUCAUGACUUAAGAUAGUCACAAAAACAGGUUUUUGUAAUAGCAAUUAUAUAUUUCUAUGAAUUGUAUAUGGCAGCCUGAUAAUCACUAAGCUGCAGAUAACCAAAAAAAAAGUGCUUAUUUAAAACCAUAAAGCGCUAUCAAAAAUACACCAUGAUAUUGGCCUUUAACACACGUACUUUUACAGUUCAAUAAAGGAGCGCUACAGAAUUGACCUACUUAAGUGGUGGGCUCUCCAGCCACACACACUCUUGGCAAUUUAUAAGUAACUGCUGGCAUUUUUAAAUUGAAUCAGACUUUGAAAGUUGGUGACAAGUUGCACUUUUGGUUAGAUCUAGCGAAAUCGGAUUUGUUAAUACCUAAAUUAACAAGUAAAAUGUUUGUGAUUUUUUUUGGUGGAUUGGAGCCGCCUCCUCACUAACCACCCACACACAUGCGCGCACACACACCCCUCCACACCCCUACAAAAACGGUAUUGGGCCAAGAAUAAAUUCUGAUGGUAGAUGACAAAUUGGUUCAGAGUGUUUGCAUGUUGUAUAUCAGUGGUAGAAGAUUUGAGGUGUUGUUGAAAUGAUUCUAGCUAAAGAAAUUCUAUCCUGCAGACAGCUAGAAAGGAUGCUCAUUUAACAUUUUUAUUUCACUGCAUUUGGGCUCUAAUUUGGAAAGUGGAAAUAGAUUUAAAAACAAAAGAUUUUGGACAUUAAAUUCCAAUAAAGUUUUUAAAAAAAAUACUUUUGGGUAUAAUUAUUGGGAAGGGACAGUGAGAUUUUAGAGUGUUGUGUAGUUAAAUGUUAGUUAAAUUACUGGGGGAUUUUUAGAUGUUGCGUUAUUUAUGUGCAACACCAAAAAACAAAUGAGUGAUAUGAUUCUUUUUGAGACCCAUGGUGCUUCUGUCUGCAAAACUUUGCCUGUAUUGUAUUAAAGGAUUAUAGUUUGUAAAUGUGGUAGCAAUGAUUUAGUUUUUUUUAAAAAACGUGAAUCAGACAUUUUCAGCAUUUGACCACCUUUAUUUUUUUAACAUCCUUUUUAAAAAAUAUAUAUAUAGUUUUUGCUAUUAGAAAUUUAUCAUGGUGGUUAAUAGGAAAUGAAAGUGGACUGUGUUGCAUCACCAGUGUCUGUAUAGAACCAUUGGUCACUGGAUAAUGUUUAUUUCCCUGAAGUCUGAGCAGUUGGAUGUUAUUUUUCUUUCUUUCUUUCCAACACCCAACAAUCUUUCUUUUUUAUUUUUAUAGAUUAUUUCUUCCUGAACACUCUGCAAAGGAUAAAAAUGUAAGGGUUUAGUAAAAGUAAAUUGCCUCUUACUGAUGUGAUGGGUGCUAUUUUACUUGAACUAAAUAACAUGAAGAAGUUUUUGAAUUUUCACCAGCUAUUCUUUUUUCUUUUAUUAAAAUCAGUCCAAAAGUGAAAGUGCUUAAUUUACAGAAGUAUUUUUGCAUUAUCCAAUCUGCUUUAGAUUUAUGUUUUGUCUCCAGUUAUUUAACUACAAUGGAAAUAUACCAACUAAGCCAGUAACUGUACUCUCUAUCUAUCUCUGAACUUGUGACAGCUCAGCAGAGAUGCUUCACUUGUACUACUAUGUGAAAGAUUUAAAAAGAUGAGUAUUUUUCCAUAUGGAGUUCGGGUACUGCUCUCAAUGUAUGGGGCUAAAUUAUGUCUGCUUGUUCCCUUGCACCUGUGUAGUUUCUUUUUUCUUUUCUUUGACUAGGCAAUA